AAAACCCGAGGCGGCUUCCGGGUCUGUCCGGCCUUUGUCUCUCGUGUCCGCACGUGCGUGGCGCGGUCAGUGGCCGCGGCGCUUCUCCUUCGCUCCUGGGGGUCCAGGAGGCUCUGCCGCAGCCUGGGUCCUCUUGUGACCUGCGUGUACUGGGGGAUUCGCAGGGAGGAUGUCGGGACACCCCGGAAGCUGGGAAAUGAACUCGGUUGCCUUUGAGGAUGUGGCUGUGAACUUCACCCAGGAGGAGUGGGCUUUGUUGGAUCCUUCCCAGAAGAACCUCUAUAGAGAUGUGAUGCAGGAAACCUUCAGGAAUCUGGCUUCCAUAGGAAACAAAGGGAAAGACCAGAGCAUUGAAGAUCAGUACAAAAAUUCUUCAAGAAAUCUAAGUUCAUUUCAGAUGCAUCAGAGAAAUCACACUGGAGAGAAACCCUAUGAAUGUAUGGAAUGUGGGAAAGCCUUAGGUUUUUCCCGUUCUCUUAAUAGACAUAAAAGGAUUCACACGGGAGAAAAACGCUAUGAAUGUAAGCAGUGUGGGAAAGCCUUCAGUCGUUCCAGUCACCUUCGAGACCAUGAGAGGACUCACACUGGAGAGAAACCCUAUGAAUGUCAGCACUGUGGGAAAGCCUUCCGUUAUUCCAAUUGCCUUCACUACCAUGAGAGAACUCACACUGGAGAGAAACCUUACGUGUGCCUGGAAUGUGGCAAAGCGUUCAGUUGUCUCAGUUCCUUGCAAGGACAUAUCAAGGCUCAUGCUGGUGAAGAACCCUAUCCGUGUAAGCAGUGUGGGAAAGCCUUCAGAUAUGCCAGUUCCCUUCAGAAACAUGAGAAAACUCAUAUUGCACAGAAGCCCUAUGUGUGUCACAGUUGUGGUAAAGGCUUCAGAUGUUCCAGUUCCCUUCGUGACCAUGAAAGGACUCAUACUGGAGAGAAACCCUAUGAAUGUCAGAAAUGUGGUAAAGCCUUUAGUCGUGCUAGUACUCUUUGGAAGCAUAAAAAAAGUCAUACGGGAGAAAAGCCCUAUAAAUGUAAAAAAAUAUAAAGGCUUUAAUCACUACAGUUUUUGUCAAAAACAUGAACGAUCACAUACUUGAGAGAAACUCUGAAUGUAAAGUGUACGAAAGUACUUAAUUUCCCCAGAUUUCUUCAAAUACAUGAAAGGAACCAAACUGGAGCUAAACCCUGUGACUAUAAGCAAUAAUGUAAAGCAUUCAAUUUUCCAUUUCUUUUUGAAAACUUGAAAGGACUCACUGAAGAAAAUCCGUAUGAAUGUAUAAAAUGUGGUAAGGCCUGCAGUUGUUCCAGUGGUAUCUGAUGGUAUAAAAUAACUCAUUCUAGAGAAAAACUUUAUGAAUGUAUUGAAUGUGGGAAUGCCUUCAUUUAUCCUAUAACUCACUCAGAGACACAUGGUAACACAUACUGCAGUUUGACCUUACAAAGAAAAGAAUGCCCACCAGAUUGAAACCCUGGUAGUUUGGGAAAUACAGAAAAUUCUGAAUUUUAACAAUUACUUUAAAAGUCGUGUGAAAACUCCCACUGGAAAUAAAUCCUGUAAAUGUAAGUAUUACGCAAAACCUUAUGUAAAAUAAUUAUAGUACAGUUCUCAAGAAAAUUCACUAUGUGAAUGAGAUGUUUUAGGAGCUAUGAAUAAAUUGAAUGUAUCAGUUGCUAAUUUUUAAAGAGAGUCUCUAGAAUAUAGAUUUUCACUUCUUUUGAAAAAAAAAAAAACAUUGAGGCAAGACUUCUUUUUUUUUUUUUUUUUUUUUGAGAUGAAGUCUCACUGUCGCCCAGGCUGGAGUGCAGUGGCACAAUCUCGGCUCAUGGCAAGCUCCACCUCUCAGGUUCACACCAUUCUCCUGCCUCAGCCUCCUGAGUAGCUGGGACUACAGGCGCCGCCACCACAGCUGGCUAAUAUUUUGUAUUUUUAGUAGAGACGGGGUUCCACCGUGUUAGCCAGGAUGGUCUUGAUCUCCUGACCUCGUGAUCCACCCGCCUCGGCCUCCCAAAGUGCUGGGAUUACAGGCGUGAGCCACUGCGCCCGGCUGAGGCAAGACUUCUGUAAGUAAUCUUCAAGCAGUAGUACAAGUUAAUAUGUGUUCUUCUUUUUUAAGCUGGUAAAUAAAUUUCCUUUUUCUCCCCAUUUUAAAGUAUGUUGGUUAUAUGGGUAAAUUGAAAUGUAUUUCUUUUCCUUUUUUAUCUUGCAUAGCCAUUUUAAAAAAUAUGUUUUAAAUAUUUAAAAUAUAAAAUAUUUUAAAAAUAUUUUUAAAAAAUUUUUGUGGGUUACAUAGUAGAUGUGUGAAAUGUGUAACAUGUAUGUAGGUUUAACUUCUGUAUAGUUAAUUAUUUUGUUAUUAAUUGAUAAAUGAGUCUAUUUUCUUUGCUAAUAGAGUUGCUGUCCAUUUGUAAGUAUGUAAAGUUUAUUAUAGAGUAUAUUCUCACGUGAAUUAUUAUUUUCAUCUGUUGUUCUUUACAUUGUCAUUAUUUUUGGCUAUUUGCACCGGUCACAUUGGUUUAAGGAGAGAGACCUGUGAUCGAACAGUGUCUUGUGUCUCAUCUGAGAAAGAAAGCAUCCAGUCUUACCAUCAUGUAUGAUGUUAGCUGAGGAUUUUUAAAAUAAAUUCCUUAAAGUAGAUUGA